GUGGGGGGAGAGAGAGGUUAGAUAAGGUUAGUAUGCACAACUGAGCAUCUGUCUCCACUGUGACCACACCACACCCCAUAUCCAAAACCACUCACAUAUAUUUGUGAUGCUCAAGAGAUGGCCAACACAGAGCUCACACUUCUCACAAAAAUGGCUGCCAAGCUAGCCCUCUAUUUUCCGACCACCAUAUUUCUAUCCCCCUCCACCCCGUUGCCGCCACUAUAUCCUUCUUCUUUCACUCCCAUUUCACACAAGAGGAGGCCGCACAGUUUCAAGAUUCAUGCAGAUUUAGGUGGUGGAGACGGAGAAGUCAAUAAGGGAUCAGGGAAGAAAAAGUUCAUAACUAGAGAACAAGAACCAGAGCAGUACUGGCAAACAGCAGGAGAAAGGGAAGGUGAAAAUCCCAUGAUGACCCCCCUUCCAUAUAUCAUCAUAUUUGGCAUGUCAACCCCUUUUGUAAUCUUGGCCAUUGGUUUUGCUAAUGGCUGGAUUAAGGUACCAGUUCGGUGAUAACCGAUUGCGAUCAACUGCAGCCUGAGGAGCAGCAAUCCGCAACACGAGUUUUUAAACCAUUUGAGUUCUCAAAUGUUUUGCAUGCAUAGUUUUAUUUUUUUUUCAGGAUUCCACUUCCAUGGUACGUGUCAUUAAAUUCUACAAGCACCGGCCUUUUUCACCAUUUGUUUGGUAUAUGUUAUGAGUUUCUCAUAUAUAUUAAUCAUAGACUCAGUUGAGUACUUUUGUUAC